ACGAAAUCGGAGGCGCGCGCUAGAGCUCGGGAGUUCACUUCAGCUUGACAUUUCAGUUGUAGUGGAGGCAGUGUUAUGUGCGAGUGUUAGUGUCAGGAAUAGCCAUGCCAAAUUGUAUUUACCGUCUGCAGGCACCGCAACAGUGACCUGUACCGUGCGCGCCCAUACCCAGGAUGCCGGGGACCUUGACGCCCGUGGCCAGCGUACCUCCUCCUCCUCUUCCUCUUCCUCCUCCUCCUCCUCCUCCUGCUCCUGCUCCUCCGGCCCGACCGCACCGCCAUGCUGGAAGCGCCCUCGCCAUUGUGUAGACACACGCCCAAGCCUGCACCUCCGGCGCGUGGCGUCGGGUAGAGUCCCUGCCGCCGCCCAGACGUCCUUAUCCGGAAGGGGCGUCCUCCUGCGGUGCCCCUCGAACUCUUCCGUUCUAGAAUUGCUGUUGUUAUCGUUGCUGUCAUAGUGAAGGUUGUGGUUGUCCAGUGACUGCAAGUGAGAGAGAGAGAGAAAUAGAGGGAGAGAGUGAGAGAAAGAGAGAGAGAGAGAGUGAGCGAGGGCGGCAGCAGGGUGACGGGGCACAAAGAGGGCUGCGGUGGUGCUGGUUCGGCGGAGGCCCUCCCCCUCACCACCUACGGGCGCCCCCCCCGUCGUGAUGAAGGGCAGGAAGCGAGGCAAAGACCCCCCCACCACCUAGCAUUGAACAUGGAGGUGGCGGAGGGCGGGGGACGAGACUCCCCCGAGGGCGGCGCCCAACAACUGGAACAGCUGGAGAGGAUCAUCACCACCUUGGAAGCUCGACGAGCAGCCAGCUGCGACCUCAGUGACGGGAUGCCCACGCCCAUCUCCCCACGCGCCCUCACGCCCACCUCCGCCCUGAGCCGUCACUUCAACUUCUGGCGGGAGGUGUCGCCCCAGCUCUCCUACAUCGAUGGAGGGAGCUCCUGUGGCGGCGCCUCCUACGGCCGCAGCGUCUCUUGGAACCUGGCUGAGCUGUCGGGCGACGCCAUGCCCAGAAGCCCCUACCCGGACUACCACUCCUCAGCCGACCCUCUCAAGAUCACCUCCCCACAGGACCUCCACGCACCUUCCCUGCCGGCUCUGGCGCCCAUCACAAGGUUCGCCUCCGACUCCCUCUACUCCCCGACCCGCCCCACCACCAUCGCCCACUCCGUCGUCCAGGUGGAGAAGGGCGACGUCAAGACGAAGAUCCAGAAGCGCCUGAACUUCGGCGAGACGCUCGACCUCCACACCAACAUCUACACUCCCGCAGAUGAAUGCACCGGCAUGGCGAGCACUCUGGAAGCCGCCGUGGCCAGCAGUACGGCCAACGGCUGCGGCUCUUCGACCUCCCUCGAGAGACGCUGGACAGAGGAGGAGUGCAGCGGAGGAGGACCUCCGCUGGUGCGAAGGAAGUCCCUGGACUCGCAGAGCCAGUACUCCUACUACAUGGACAAGGAUUUACGCUACUACUUCCAACACCCUUGGCUGAGGCUUAUCGUGGCCUACCUAAAUAUCUUCUGUAACUUCCUCCUCUUUGCUGAAGAUCCAGUCUCACACUCUCAUGCAGAAUCGAACAUCCCUGUUGUUGGCAACGUCUUCAGCUUCGUCUCGACCAAGUAUCCGGACGAGUGGUACUGGAGGAUGAUCAAGGUCAUCAUGUGGUUGAUUGCGAUCCUUUGCGGGAUGCUGGUCGGGAAAGUCCUCAUUCACGGCCUCAUCUUCAAGAAAGUCCUCAGGCUGAAGAUGUUCAGAGAUGAACAGGGUUCCUGGAUGACCAUGUUCCUAACGGUGAUCGUGUCUCUCUACAUGUUCUCCUACGUUUACAACCUCAUCCUCCUGAUAGGUCACAGUGAGCACUGCAGGUGGCAGAUAGGGUCAGAUAUGGGGGUCACCAACGAAAGCAUGAUGAAGGCGGCCGCUACUUGCACGUGGCUGGGCGACUUGGUCACGGCUCUCAUGGUGACCGAUAUGAUGCUACAGGACAACCUCUAUCCUCACUGGGCCACGGGAUUUCGCCGCCUCUACCGCCUCUCCAACGUCCCUCGGAUCCUCAUCUUCUGGUGCGGCUCCAUCGUCGUGGCCAUCGUCGUCAUCUUCCUCAUCGUCUCGGAUUACAUCUCGUGGGAUCAGCUCAACAAGGGCUUCGUCGAAACCACAGAGCUGUCGCGCGCCUUCCUAGCGUCCUUCAUCCUGGUGAUGGACCUCCUGAUCGUGAUGCAGGAUUGGGACUUCCCUCACUUUACCUCAACCAUCGACGUCAACUUGCCCGGCUUCUCCACGCACACCCUCCACUGGAAAUACGCCCGCACCUCCAUCACGGGCAAGUGGUUCAACUACGGCAUCAUAUUCCUCGUCAUGAUCUUCGACCUCAACAUGUGGAAGAACCAGAUCUUCUAUACGCCAGGACCUUAUGGACAGUACAUAGACCCGCAGAGCAGGAAGGUGUUCUCGGUGGAGGACCCCAAGUUCGUGAACGAAAUGAACGAAACGAUGUGGACCUGGGAGGCCCGGUCGGAGAUCAACGUCACGACUGGACGCCCAUACAGAACCCAGGACAUGUUCAUGUACUCCCGCUUCAUGGACUACAGCCUGCCCGUGAAGUGCACGGCCUUCAUCCCGAGUAUCUUGGGGUUCGUCAUGCUCUUCACUCUGAUCUCACUCUACGGUCGCUUCGAACCCAACAAGGACGGGACUUACGGAGGCCGCCUGAAGAAGAAGAGAAGGUCCUCGUGGCGUCGUGAGAGGAGGUCCACCUCUGACCACUACUAUCGCGACCUCUCCGCGCAGAGUCACAGGGAGAGGAAGUCGCUGAAAAUGUCACUCAAGAUCAUUAAGUGUUCCGGCAAAUCGAACAAAACAACCAACUUAUAACAAUGGCUCACUGCCUGUCUUGGUUCUUGAAAAAGUUACCGCUCCAGCAUCAUCAUCGCACUGACUGGUCCAGUGAAGCGAAACCUAAGGAAUUGCUUCGAUCAAGAGUUCCAACCAAUGUUGGCGUCUGGUGGUUUAUAUUGUGUUUGUUGUCAGUGGUGUUCUUAAGCAGGUUACGGAAUCUUCAGACGAACUUUGUUCACAGUGGGUAUUACAAAGGUUUUGAUCCAGCACCUAAUCCUUUAUAAAUUAGGAUCUGGAUCUGGUUUUAUAGGAAGGGUCAGAAAAGCAAGUGGAAUGAAAGUCUGGAUCUGGUUUUAUAGGAAGAGUCAGAAAAGUAAGUGGAAUGAAAGUCUGGAUCUGGUUUUAUAGGAGAAGUCAGAAAAGUAAGUGGAAUGAAAGUCAUAUACUGAGCACCAGAGCAGUAAAAACUUUGAAUACUGUAGAUCAUUCCUGAAAGUUAAGAAAGUAUAGCUCUGAUAUGAUUCCCUUUCUGAUGAGAAGACUAACGUGGACCAGGAGUUUACUUACGAUGCCUCAGAGUAUAUAUAUAUUUCAGCAUGAAACAAUUUUCCUCUUUAUUUAUUAUAUAUGCUGGUCUGUGUGAUGUUGAUUUUCAAACUGUUCAUCAAGAUCCCUAGAUUGAUAGAGUAUAUAAAUGCAGCAGGAGAAUAAUUCCUUUCUUCAUUUAUUGAGAACAUUUGGCCAGUCUUCCUUUGCUAAGAGCCAAGACAUCAUCAUAACAACAUUUUAAGCAGUGACCUGGUUUAGUGGCAGCAGUGUAUUAUUAGAUAUAAACAUAUAAAUAUAUAUAAAUAUAUAUAUUUUCAUUAUACUUUUUCAUACAAUAGACAAAGACUUUUUUGCAAGUGGAAGGGACUCCUCUUAGGGGAAACAAGGAUUGCUGUGACAGAAUCUUAUCACUACAACUAUUAUAGACCUCUCACGUCACCACUUUCCCCGGCAGUAGACCCUCUUUGAGAUGGUCGUCUUCUUGAUCUUUCUUAUUCUAAGCAAAGCUUAGGUACUAAUCUCAGCUUGCUACAUCUCUCCCAUAGAAGAGGAUUUAAUAGAUAGAAUGAUUUUUUUCUUCAUACUUUCUGCAAUCCUUAUAGCUGAUGGUAUGUCAAGACUUCACAACUGUCAAAUGGGACGAUUUUCCAGUUCUCAUGGCCCAGUAUGCAAGACCACAGAAAGUUAGUUUCGUCGACAGAUCCAUUUCUUAGAAAAACAAGCCAACUCAUUCCAUAGACUGAUAAGGAUAGUUCCCCUUAUCAGUGCCCAUACGUUGCCAUGCAUGAAAGGUACGCACUGUAUAAUAUACAAUAUACAGUGCCGCACUUCCUCCCCUCUAAGUCUCAUGCCAGAGCCAGUGACCCUUCUAUGAUACUUGCAGUGAAAGUGAUACAGGAUCCACAGUUUUUAUAUAUGCUCCCUCUCGAGACAAAAAGUUUGUAGCUACUGUAUUUUCAAAUAUGCCUGAAAAUAUUUCCUGGUUUACCACCUUUUGUAGUAGGCUAUUUUAGAUAUACCUUGUUCCUCAAAAUUGCCUGCUUCUAUCAUUAGCAUUUUGCAUAAAAGUUUUUUAUUAGAAUUUCAAGGUACAUUUUUAGGUGAGACUUUUAUAUUUCAUGUGGGGACUGUCCAGUGGUGGAAAGUGACUCUAAAUGUAUCAUUGCGAUGUUUCGUUGCAAGCAGCUUUAUGUAGGAUCGAAAUACUUUGUCAAUGUUGGUUAUCAGAGUUUUAACAUACAGUAUUGGAUUAGUUCAACUAAUGCGUUAUCAACCAUCAUAGAUAAGACUUGAUGAUGAAUCUUUUUCGUCAAAAUGAACUGUAAUCUUGACUGCUCGUCUAUCAGCAGUUAUUUAGAUGCUAUGUAUUUUCUGUUUUAAAUAAUAAGUAAAGCAUGGAAAUUGAUAAGAUCAACAAGCGUUUUCUUCAAAAAUGCUGUAGAAGAGGGGAUUAUUAAUGCUAUGCUAUAUUGAACCAAAGUCAAAAUUGUACUCGACAUCAGAUUCAGAGGGAAUUGUUGUUGCCUUCGUAAAUAGAGAUAUGAGAACAUGCAAGAAAACACGAAAACAAAAAAGGAGCAGAAAAAAGAAAUUUCCGGCACUUCUGUUGUGAUUACAUAAAGAUACAGUAAUAAGAGCUGCAGGAAAGUAAAGUGACUGAAAGAAGCGCAAAUGAGGCAUACCCUUACUUUUCCUACAGUAAGUUUUAGAUUCCUGCAUUAGAGUUUAUUAUGUGAAAGGAUGAGAUACUCCGGAGAAAUAAGAUCCACACGUAACAGGAUUUUGCCUAUGAACUGCAAUGGCAGAGAUUGUGCCUCAUUGAAUAAUCUCAAAGCUGCUGCUGCUUUCCAUAUAUGAGAAUAUUCCGUGUAAAUACUCAAGAGGUACGGCAGUCACUUCUUUGAUAUUUUGUAACUGAAAAUGGAUGCCUUUUAAACCAACUGGCAAUUUAGUUUUACUCCAGCCACAGAGCACUCCAUGUACAGCAUUUAAAAAAUGUGAUUUACACAUAACUGUAAAGUUUUAUGAUACAGUAUAGUUUUACCAUAGGUCUGUAGCCUAAGUGAAUGACUGACGAGAACUGAGUAAGGUGAAAAAUGAGAUUUUUGAACUGAUAAUAGAGAUAAUUAUGACGACUCGAAUCUGUAUACUUUAUUUCGAACAAUGCACAAUUUGGUAAUGUUAAGAUACCGACGAUUAGCUUUCUAAGAUACUGAAAAUUCCAUUAAAACAUCUUAUCAGAUGUCACCAAGAUUUCACUUAUGUGCCUCCCAGUAAUAUAUUUUUAUAUGUACUUAUUUUCCCAAAUAAUGAUUCUUUUUCGAGGAACUUAUCAAAAUGGUGCCAGACUAUAAAAGAUGUUAAUUUGACGCACAUAUACAAAGCAUAAUUUUUCUCUUCAGUAGAAAUAAUGGAACACCUACACCAAAACUUUAUGGUCCUUUAUUUGUACUUGCCAUGAUAGAUUAUUGUAUGGUCUAAGAAAUGGAACGAAUUCUUUCUUUUUAUAGAAAGACGGUAGAUUGAUGUACCAACCAGAGCUCGGUAACUGCUAAGAUUAUUUUUCUUCUAACAGAACCAGUCCCCAGCUGAGGAAGGGGUCAGUUUGGUACCAUUCAUAUGUUUCACCUCUUACAUUUGUAUGUAUGAAUAUCAUUUUUUGUAGGCUUGCAUUUGAUUGUCAAGUUGUCAUUUCAUGUUUAUUUGAUGGUAACAAUGCAUGCAUAUUGUAAAGUGCUUACAAAUGCUACUUAGAAAUGAAGCAUAGAUGGGAGGUAUACAAGUGUUAGCAUUUACCCAAAGGUCCCUUUUGGGACGAAUAAAUAUAAGAAAAAAUACGAAAUUGAACAGUGAUCAUAAUACACACUAUGCAUUCUUAAGAUAUUUGUUUUAGCUGUUUCAAGGGACAUUGCAAAGAGAUUUAUUAUGAUUAUGAUUAUGGUAGAUUUAAGAACUCGUCUGACACCUGCCUCCAGGGCCUCACGGUGGUCGUGGAUAUGUGAACUUGAUGGUGUUACUAUGUAAGCUGUAGUUUAUACAUGUGCACUUAUAAUCUAUGAUAUAUAUAUAUAUAUUAAGAUAAGAUUGACUUCUGUACUAAAUCAUAUGUAUGUGGCGUCUCCAAACUGUGCAUACAUAUACUUGUAUAUAUACAUAUAUGCUAGUAUAACCAAGCCUUACCUGCACCAUUACUCCAUCAAUAUCUUAACCUAGCCAGAGAGCGGCGGUUGUACGUCUGUGUAGCUCUAUGUUCUCUUUCAGUGUUUGGUUCUUUUAGAUGCAGCUCCUCCUUACCUGGGGUUAACAUUUUGAUGGAGGAAGACUAGCCCACCUAAGUCUCCCUGGGAUUAUGGUCAAGUGAUACUUAACUGUUGAUUUGUCUUUUUCUACUGGAGAUGGGUUUUAAGGUGUUGCAGUUACUGAGGGAAGAACCUUUACUUCUUUUCCACACGGAAGCAAGGCCCUUUUCUGACUACCUACUUCCAUGAAUCCGAAGAAAAACCACCCUUACUGACAAACUUUAAGAUGAAAGCUUUUGAGGGAACGAGGCGUCAGUUUUUCAGUGAUAUAUAUCCGAGUCAUUUAUUUGAGUAAGAAGUAAUGCUGUUGGAAUUUCGAAUGAAAGAGGGUGCUCUGGUUUGCCAGAUGUGACAGUUGACAUUUGUGUAGAUUUUGCUAUGGUAGCGCUAGCUGAGUGUUUUCAAUACAGGAGGAUCUGUGUAUCCUUCAUGACCUUCAUGAUGACAAACUUAGGUCAGUUUAACCAUAGUCUUCAUACACGAGAAAGAGAUUUAGGUCAUGGUUUUUGUGAGUGUAAUUGAGAAAUGAAUUUGUUUGUUUGAAAAGUCUGAUAUUUGUGCAAAACACCAUUCCUUUGAUAAAUGGUGUAUCUUUCCAUUCUGUGGAGUAAUGCAUUGAAUUACUUUUAAUCUGACGUUAAUAUUGUUUCUUAGAGACUAUAGAGAUUUACCUUUGUCAAAGUCACUUCACUCACUGUACUUCUAAUAAAGAUUUUUUUUUGUAGACAUGCCAAUAUGUGACUCUUUUGUUGAGUAAAAACAAAACUGGAGAGGUUUUUUUUUAAAUUAUAAAAUCAGAUUGAAAGAAAUUUCAUGUUGAAAGUGAUAUUUUCAAAAUCUUAAUUAAGUUGCAUGGUGUGACCAGCAGAGGCAUAAUGUAACGAAUUUUAUAUAUCUUAUAUACCUUCUAUCAAACUUUCUAUGUUUGAUUAAAGAAAAGUUAUUUACAUUAGGUGUAGUGAAACUGUUGGGCAAAUGUUUUUAAAAUCUUCCUGAUAUAUCUAUAAACUUUCCUUUAAAUUAGGAACGUCCUUCGAAGCUGAAAUUGAUUGUAUUUGUUGCAUAUUUAGAAAGACUUUAUGGCGCUGGCUAUCCAAUGAAAGUUACUGAGUAUUUUAAACUUAACUUCAUAUUUGUAUGGUUUUUAUUAUAUUCUUGUGGAUAAUCAAGUCCAACAAUAGAAAAAUCAAGCUUUGGUUAUUUCAAGUUAUGUAUACUAAAUUACGCAUGGUCUUCCUCACUAUAUAUGCGUUCAUAUGCUAAAUUUUUCAAGUUGUGCUUUGUCUCUGCAGAUAAUAUGAAAUUGCCAAAUAAGGGCAAAUAAGAGGAGGAUACAGGAUGGAUAUCUUUCCUGAAUAGUCCUACGUACUGACUACCAAGAAAUGUAUAUGUAAGCAUAUGUCAUCCUUUGUGCUGACUGACGCGGCCUUACAGGAUAUGGAAAAGGUUAUUCAUCUUGCUCUUGUACCAAGAAUGAGUGUUGAAAAUGGCUCUUUUUUUACUCAUUCCCUUACAAAUUAUAUCUGUCUUUAAACGGAUAUGGGCAAGAUAUCAUAUUUCUGAAUUACUCAUUACAUUUCUGUUAUUGCCAUGGGAACGUGAUUUAUAUGAAUAGCAAGCAAGUUGAGGUGUACUUACUACACAAAGUAUAUCUUACUUGCAGUUUUCCAUCUGUAUCAGUGAAUUGUCUUUUCUUUCUCUUUAGGAAGUAAAAUGUGUUCAUUCUACGGAAUCAGGAUUAGGAAGUCAUCAUAUCUUUGAUAGAAUAAAGAUUUUUCCAUUUUCAACUCAUAAUAUCAAGUUGGUCUCUAAUCCUACUCAUUCAUUGACUCAGCCAUUUAACAACCUGCCCUGGUGAGGUAAAGUUCACGUUUGAAGUUUACUCUCCUCGUUCAGUCGUCACGCGUCGUGUCUACGAGAAUGUGUUCUUUCUCUGGUUUAUAACUUUACCUAAAAGUUCCCUUCCUCCCUUCUCUCCUUCCCCACACGGUGAUUUGUACAGCACCCAAUUGAUCUCAAAUAUCUAUGUGAAGGGAGCUAUAUUUUUAAAAGGAAUCUGGUGUCUUUGAGGAUAAUAAAUGAGUAUUGAAGUUCUUUCGAUAAGGGGAAGCCAGGAUUCUUACUUGCUGUGUUAUAAGCAAUUGUUAAUUGUUUAAAGCUGACUUGUAUUCAAUUGAAAGGUUCAAGGAUGACACAUUUGACACAUUAUUGAGGCUCCGUACAACUUGCUUUUACAGUUUAUCCAUUGUAUGUAAAUAGAUCGAUGACGAUGCUGUCACCUUCACGACUAAUCUUUGUGUCAUGCAGUGUCAGGACAAAGCCUUAAUACUUUAGUAAGCAUAGUUGGUUCCCUUUGGAUUACAAUACGGCACUUAAUGGAGGGUGGCACUGCGCUGUUGCAGGAAUGUGAUAACUUGACAUCGUGAUCAAGUAAAAAAAAAAAGUAGUGUUGGUGUCUGUUUGUGUGAAUGUGCAUGUGUCUUUCUGAUGACACAUGCAGUAUAUGCAAACUUAUAAACUGUGUGGACAAACUUGGGUGCUACAGAAUGUCCUACGUAAAACUUUAAAAACUUUAGCCUCAGCUGUGGUGCCUCUCUGUGUAGAUCUUUCCAAAAUGUUACUUAUCAAAUAAAAAAAAAUAUGCAAAAUUCCCAUCAGUACUGAAAUGGAAAUUGGUUAACAUCUUGAACAAAUAUGUAUAUCAUGUGAAAUUUUAUAUGUAGCCUACUGAAUGUUUUUAAGAAAAAAAAUUCCCAGUGGGUUUAUUAAUGCAGGCUCCACUGUUAUCCAAGCAGUUUGCAUUUUUCAGUUAGCUCAAGAAAAUACUAGGAAAAUAAAUAUGACAUAGAAAAGAGACACAUGUCAGCACAGUCCAACUUGACAUUCAACUAAUGACAUUGGGAAACUGGUUGUUUGAUAGUACUUACUAAGCAGAAAAUAAAACCUACACACCUGUAGCCUUUAUAUAAUCAAAUGUCACUACUCUGAUGAAGCAAAUGUGUUUAUUAUAUAAUAACUUGUUUGUUACGAGCGAGAAUAGGGAGUUUUGUUUUUUUAUUUCCAUAAAUGUUUUGUGAGUUUGUAAGCCCUCUCGUGUGCUGCUUUUUAACGUUAUAUUCUAUAUGUUUGCACUACCCUUCAUGUGAUCUUAUGUUCAAGAAAAGAGUUAUGACAAGUCAUGUGUCCUUUUUCUUAUAUUUGGUACUGCUCUCUCUCUCUCUCUCUCUCUCUCUCUCUCUCUCUCUCUCUCUCUCUCUCUCUCUCUCUCUCUCUUGUGUUUCUA